AGGGGCUACAGUCCCAGUACAGUAGAACAGUCCUGUUCACCUCCUCAGUCUCUGUCCUGUUCAAACAUGGACACAUCAAUGUCAUGUGUGACCCGAGCAGACCUUGGUGUGAGAGCGGCUUAAAUACGAACACGCUGUGUCACGUCGCGCUGUACAAACACCUGCGAACAGGAACACGCAGGGACGCUGCUGCCCUCUGCCUCCAGCCUGACCGGCCGACUCCCCUAUUCUCUCCGAGGUGCUGCCCCAGCUGCUGUGGGACAUCACGGAGUAUUUCCGCGGUCCGGACGUCCUGUGCCGCAUGGUGAAGUACCUGCAGAUCGUGGGCAUGUUCGCCUCGUCCUACACCAUCGUGGCCAUGACCUUCGACCGGCACCAGGCCAUCUGUCACCCCAUGAUGGCCUACCGCAGCGGGGGGGCGGCGCGCUGGAACCCUCCCAUCACGGUGGCCUGGGUGCUGUCCCUCGUGCUCAGCCUGCCGCAGGUCUUCAUCUUCUCCAAGUCAGAGGUGGCGCCCGGCGUGUUCGAGUGCUGGGGCCACUUUGCAGAGCCCUGGGGCCUCAAGGCGUACGUCACCUGGAUGACGCUGGCGGUGCUCGUGGUGCCCACCGUCAUCAUCACCGUGUUCCAGGUGCGCAUCUUCCGCGAGAUCCACAACAACAUCUACCUGAAGUCGGAGAGGGUCUCCGCCGAGGUCAAGAAGAACCAGAUCGCCCUGCAGUUCCGGAACGGAGGCGGAGGGGGGGCGGGCAGCCACCCCCCCCACCACUCCCACCACUCCCACUCGGGCGUCUCCAAGGCGAUGUCGAAGACGGUGAGGAUGACGCUGGUGAUCGUGCUCGUCUACGCCAUCUGCUGGUCGCCCUUCUUCAUCGUCCAGCUCUGGGCCGCCUGGGACCCCAACCCCCCUAACCAAGGCGUGGCGUUCACCAUCCUCAUGUUGCUGGCCAGCCUGAACAGCUGCACCAACCCCUGGAUCUACACCGCCUUCUCCAGCAGUGUGUCCCGGGACCUCGGCCAGCUGCUCUGCUGCCGGCGCUGGGCCAAGCGGAGGAACUCCCUCCCGGACGACUCCAGCACCACGGCGUCCACCACCAUCAAGGAGACCGCGUACUGACUGGGUCGGGGAGCAGGCGGCACCGAGCCCCCCUGGAGCGCACGCAGAACCAGGGACCCCUGCGCGGGUCCCACCGCCGUCCGAGAGCCUUGCGCCGAGACAAACUGUGCACGUGCAGUAUGGGGAGACGCGGGCAGAGACCGCGCGCUGAGAGACGGAGACUCGCCGUCCACUAACUUCCACCCCACUGCGCACUGAAGGACAGGGAACGAGAGAGGACGUGCCCAGGGGCGCCAGCAAAACACGACUCAGUUAUCUUGUCUGAGCGUUCCGGAGUCGUAUGGCCGAUGCGCAGUUCGGUAGCAGCAUCUGCACCUGUUUGGGCAUGAGUACCCUGCACAGGUGAAAAUGCAUACAGAUUGCAAGUGGGAAGAAUGUUAGAAUAGAGGCGCUGUAGUCUCUGUGCUCAGAGACCUCUCUGCAAACCUGGGAUUUCUGAAGACUGACAGCAGCUACAGGGCAGAGGGACUUAGAAUGAGAUGUGUGAGAGGCAGAAUGGCACCAGAAGGGCAGGAGAGCUUGGCAAAUAAACACUUGUACUCCGGUCUUCAGUAACACUCAGAGUCCAAGAUUAUUGGAGGGGAAUUUAUCCUGCUUUUCUGCAAAUUGAGCAGUCACUGGGGAUGAAGGAGGAUCAGCUGCCCUCAGAGCAGGGUGCAAGGGAAAAAAGAGAAACGUCAUGUUGCAUGCGCCGAGUCCCACUUACUGCCAACUCUCCCUGCCGUCCCAGGAUUCCCUGCGAUUGUGGAUACCCCUUCCAGGGGCAGGGUAUGAGCAGGAUUUUAACCCUCAUGUCGAAACAUUCUGCCAUUGCAGAAGCCAAUGUUUGAACAAACUGUGAUCAAACUGUGAUGUGGUUCCACUUCAUCAUAAUAACGUCACGAAUCCC